UUAAUUCCCGUUGCUAGGCGAUCUUCGCCUGGAUGUGAACCCAUCGUGUGCGCCUAGCGGAAUUAACCGGAAACCGGAGCACCGCGGCGGCAGCAGGAUGGGGAAGAAACAGAAGAAGUCCGGAGAGGACAGUAACAAAGAGGACGGCGUGGACAUCGACGCUCUGGCGGCAGAGAUCGAAGGAGCCGGAGCCUCCAAGGAGCCCAAAGGGAAGAAGAAGAAGAAAGGAGUCAAGAAGGACAACUACGAUGAGGAUGACAUCCUGAAGGAGCUGGAGGAGUUAUCUCUGGAGACUCAUGGAGGAAAAGCCCAAAAAGCUGACGAGCCAGAGAGCGUAGAGCCUCCAAAACCAGAGAAGAAGAAGACCAGGAAGGGGAAGAGGGCCGCGGCCAGCCCCGAGGAAGAGGAAGCCGACGAAGGAGAAGCUGUAGCCGAUGCAGAAAGGAGGAACGGAGAGGAGGAGGAGGAGGAGGGUCAGGCGCCCCCUCCUGCUCUUCCCUCCGACGAGGACGCCGGCUCGCGACAUUGCCUUGUGACCAAAGGAGGCAAAAAAGCCUCGUCGGUGGAGGAGGAGGUCAAAGACGUACAAGGAGGGGAAGAAGGAGAGAAGGAGUCAGGAGACGAAAAGGAAGGGGACUUUACCUACAGGACGGAGAUAAAGAAGAAUAAAAAAGGUAAAGCGGCAAAAGCAGACAGCGAGGAGGAGCAGGAGGAGGAGGAGGAGGAGCAGCAGCAGGAGGGAGGAGGAGGCUUUAAGAUGAAGACAGCGGCACAGAAGAAGGCAGAGAAGAAAGAGAGGGACAAGAAGAAGAAAGAGGAGGAGAGGAUGAAGCAGAAGAAGCUGAAGGAGGGCAGCGUGGAGCUCCCGAAAGAGCCAGUGAAGAAGAUGGAGGAGGAGGCCACGCCCCCGCCAGAGGCUCCGCCUGCAGCAGAGCUGGAAGGGGCGGAGCCGGCAGGUGACGAGGAGAUGGAGGGUGACAAGAAGAAGAAGGACAAGAAGAAGAAGAAGAAGGGGGAGAAAGAGGAGAAGGAGGAGAAGAAGAAGGGACCCAGCAAGGCCACGGUGAAGGCCAUGCAGGAGGCCCUGGCCAAGAUGAAAGAGGAAGAGGAGCAAGCCAGGAGGGAGGAGGAGGAGCAACUGAAGAGGCUGGAGGAAAUGGAGAAGGAGAGGCUGGAGCAGGAGCGCCUAGAGCAGGAGCGCAAGGAGAAGAAGAAGCAGAAGGAGAAGGAGAGAAAGGAGCGCCUGAAGAAGGAGGGGAAGCUGCUGACUAAAACCCAGAAGGAGGCGCGGGCCCGGGCCGAGGCCACGCUCAAACUGCUGCAGGCUCAGGGGGUGGAGGUUCCCUGCAAAGACGACUCCAUGCCCAAGAAGAAGCCGGUGUACGGGGACAAGCGGAAGAAGAAGCCGGCGGUUCAAACCCCCGAAGAAACCUCCGAGGUGACCUCGCCGACCCCGGAGAUGCCCGAGCCCGUCGCCGCGGAGACGCCGGCCGCGGAGACGCCGGCCGCGGAGACGGCAGUGAAACCAGACCCGGCAGUAGACGACUGGGAGGCCAUCGCCACAGACGAGGAGAAAGAGUUGAAGAAAGUCCACAUCGAGGUGAAGGAGGACAGCGGCGCGCCUCCUCGGCCCAUAGGCAGCGAAGAGGACGAGGAGGAUGAGGAAGACGAUGACCACGAAGAGGAGCAAAGCGAGGAGGAGGAGGAGGACCUGACACCAGCCGUAUCGAGCCACGGGAAGAGGAGGGCCAACGACAGCGAGGAGGAGAGCACCGAGAGUGAAGAUGACGACGGGAUGACGAAGGAGGAGCGCCUCUACGACAGAGCCAAGAGGAGGAUCGAGAAACGAAGAGCAGACAACAUGAAGAACAUCGACCUGGACUCGCUGAGGUCUCCGGUGGUCUGUGUGCUGGGACACGUGGACACCGGCAAAACCAAGAUCCUGGACAAGCUGCGUCACACCAACGUUCAGGACGGGGAGGCCGGAGGAAUCACUCAGCAGAUCGGAGCCACCAACGUACCCAAAGAGACCAUCGAGGAGCAGACGAGGAUGGUGAAGAACUUUGAAAAAGAGAACCUGCGGAUCCCCGGCAUGCUGAUCAUCGACACACCGGGACACGAGUCCUUCAGUAACCUGAGGAACCGAGGCAGCUCGCUCUGUGACAUCGCCAUCCUGGUGGUGGACAUCAUGCACGGCCUGGAGCCUCAGACGCUCGAGUCCAUCAACCUGCUGAAGGAAAAGAAGUGCCCCUUCAUCGUGGCCCUCAACAAGGUGGACCGCCUCUACGACUGGAAGAGGAGUCCAGAGACCGACGUCCAGGCUACGCUGAAGAAGCAGAAGAAGAACACAAAGGACGAGUUCGACGAGAGGGUCAAGGCGGUCAUCGUGGAGUUCGCUCAGCAGGGUCUUAAUGCCGCCCUGUUCUACGAGAACAAAGACCCGCGGACCUUCGUGUCGCUGGUUCCCACCUCGGCCCACAGUGGCGACGGGAUGGGGAACCUCAUCGCGCUGCUGGUGGAGCUAACGCAGACCAUGCUAGCCCGCCGGCUGGCGCACUGCGACGAGCUGCGAGCUCAGGUCAUGGAGGUGAAGGCUCUACCCGGGAUGGGAACCACCAUCGACGUGAUCCUCAUCAACGGGCGCCUGCGGGAGGGAGAGACCAUCAUCGUGCCGGGGGUGGAGGGGCCCAUCGUCACGCAGAUCCGGGGCCUGCUGCUGCCGCCGCCUCUCAAGGAGCUUAGGGUCAAGAGCCAGUACGAGAAGCACAAGGAGGUGUCCACGGCUCAGGGGGUGAAGAUCCUGGGAAAGGACCUGGAGAAGACGCUGGCCGGGCUCCCCCUACUGGUGGCCCACAAGGACGACGAGAUCCCCGUCCUAAGGGAUGAACUGAUCCGGGAGCUCAAGCAGACGCUGAGCUGCAUCAAGCUGGAGGAGAAAGGGGUCUACGUCCAGGCGUCCACACUGGGGUCUCUGGAGGCGCUGCUGGAGUUCCUCCGGACCUCCAAGGUCCCGUACGCCGGCAUCAACAUCGGCCCCGUUCACAAGAAGGACGUCAUGAAGGCGUCAACGAUGCUGGAGCACGACCUUCAGUACGCCGUGAUCCUGGCCUUCGACGUGAAGGUGGAGAGGGAGAGUCAGGAGAUGGCCGACAGCCUGGGAGUCCGGAUCUUCUCUGCAGAGAUCAUCUACCACCUUUUUGACGCCUUCACCAAGUUCAGGGAGGACUACAAGAAGGCCAAGCAGGACGAGUUCAAGAACGUCGCUGUUUUCCCAGCGAAGCUGCGAGUUCUUCCUCAGUUCAUCUUCAACUCGCGGGACCCCAUCGUCAUGGGCGUCACCGUGGAGGCGGGGGUGCUGCGGCAGGGCACGCCGCUCUGCGUCCCCAGCAAAGGGUUCGUGGACAUCGGCAUCGUCACCAGCAUCGAGAUGAACCACAAGUCGGUGGACAGCGCCAAGAAGGGCCAGGAGAUCUGCGUGAAGAUCGAGUCCAUCCCCGGGGAGUCGCCCAAGAUGUACGGCCGCCACUUCGAGGCCACCGACGUCAUCGUCACCAAGAUCACGCGGGCCUCCAUCGACGCUCUGAAGAGCUGGUUCAGAGACGAGAUGACGAAGACCGACUGGCAGCUGAUUAUGGAGCUGAAGAAGACGUUCGAGAUCAUCUGAGGGACCACACGCACACACGCACACGCACACACACGCACACACACACACACACACACACAGACACACACACACACACAGACGCACACCUUUACGUGGACGAUGCUUGAAAAGGAAACGGGAGAAACGUUUUUCUGUGAGAAACAAACUGUUUUUUUUCUACUGUUGUAAACAGUGAAAGUUUAAACCGCACGCACACACACACACACAAACACACACGCACACACACACAGUAUUCCAACGUGCCUGUCCUUCAGCAUCUGCGUUGUCAUUAUUUCUUCUCUGGUUCCCUCCGGACUUAACAAGCUCAACAGUGAGCCGGCGUGCGACUGAACACUGGUGCAUUGUGGGAUUUGAUUUUUUUUUUUUCUGGUUCUCACAAAAAGACCAAAACACGGAAGCGCCGUCGUUGACUUUAAAAGACUUUUUAUGAGGCUCGAGUGACGGAGGAUUUUAAUUUGCCGAUGAAAUAAAGUCAACGUGAUUCGGGGAAGUUUCCUUCUGUUCAGAAGAAGAAACUCCACCACCAUGAAAAACACAUUAAAAGCUUUUAUUUUCUAAAAACAG